AUGGCACUUUUGGUAUAUAUAGUUGAUAUACUCAUUGCCAGCAAUGAUCCUCAAGCUGUAGCAGAUUUGAAGGUGGUCUUGGACAAGAAAUUUAAGUUGAAGGACCUGGGAAGCUUGAAAUAUUUCCUAUGUUUGGAGGUUUCCAGAUCUGAGAAAGGUAUAUCAUUGUGUCAGAGGAAAUAUGCACUUGAAAUAAUCAAUGAUGUUGGGAUGCUUGGCUGUAAGCCUAUGAAAACUCCCAUGGAAGUCUAUUUAAGGCUCAACAAUGAUGACGGGAAGUUGCUGCCUGAUGCUGUUUCCUGGAAAUCAAAGAAGCAAAAUACAGUGUCAAGAUCUACAGCAGAAGCAAAAUACAGAGCAAUCGCAAUUGCAAUGUGUGAGUGA